AUGGGUACCGAAUACAUUUUCCAACCUACUCGGGAAUCCGCCGGUGGGAACGAGACAAAGCAAUGCCAACGAAGCGAAAAGAAGUUCCGGCCGAGACGAGCCAAAUGGGCGUGUUACGCCUGCCACAAACGAAAAGUGCGAUGCGACGCGCUAAAUCAAGGUACCGCAUGCACCAAUUGCAAACUUGAUAUGAAGGAAUGCGUUGCCCCACCGCGAAGGAGAAAGAAAGCAGCAGCUCCAAGCCCAUGGAUUCCUAGCGAAGCUAGGACAGAUCACACACCAACCUCGCCAUGUGCGUUACAAAAUUCUGCAACACCGGACCCCAAGUGCACCGACAUCCAAUCAAAUAGCGCUAGUGUAUCAUCACGGAAAAGGAAAAGCCCACCUCGAAGCUUGGAUUCCCCACGUACCAGUCCACAGCAAAGAAAAUGUCCUAGUGAAGGCUCAUCACAUAGCGUGGACGAUGAAGUUGGGCUAUGGAUGGAUAUGUUGCCGCCAAACGUUUUAGAACAACUCGAGCUACGUUCUACCAAAGACAUUGCAAGACCCCGUCGAGACACCGUUGAUGGACUCAGUGCAGAACGGUUUCACCAUGAAUGCUCCGAAAAGCUCCUCCAGGCAGUAGAUAUCUUGACUGAAGUCAUCAUCAUGCACAAUUCUCUUUCAGCGCAUACUACGCCAUCCGCGCCUGUCGCCAAUUCAGAAGCUGAUAUCCAUUAUGUCCUCGGAGAUGACGAUUCAGAAAAGGAACAAAACAUGGAAUACUCUUCGUCUGCUUGUCGCCAAAUUGGAGAGAAAAUAUGGGAUAUCGAGAAGACACAAGAUGGAAGUUCGGCUUUGACUCCCGAGUCCCUCGAAUUCGUGGCUGGGUCGAAUUAUAAUAUUUGGUUGGAAUUGAACGACUUUGACCUCAAAGGUCCUUCAUCGCUGGGUCCAUAUAAUGCCGAAUAA